AUGGCCUCUGCGUUCGCUGCUGGGAAAGACCUCGACGCUCACACGGACAUGACCGGCAAUUUUCGAGUCUCAUCGGGGUGCGGAAAUAACCUCACCCUUAGCAUCGAGGCUGUUGCAGCUGGAGUCCAACAAGCCGACAAGUUGGGAGGCACCGCCACAGGUGUUUGCCUACCAGUGUCGCACAGCGGUGCCGUCACGAUGACGUGCGCCGACCUGGCUGACUUAGACGAUGAUGAGGACGAUUGCGGAGAACCUUUUGGCAAAACUCUCACGGUUAGCACAGAGGCGCCAAGCGAGCCAUCGACGCCGGAGUAUGCGGUAUGCAUUUAUGCCCUAUUCUGGUUUUUCAGGCUUGCUGACUUGAAGGCUAUCUCAGCGAUCUGGGGAUUUGGGGCGGAUAGGCACUUCUUGUGGAAGAUGCGCCACACCUGGGCUGUGCUACCGGAGGAGUCCUGGGGCUCUUUCUUGCAAGGCCUGGAGGAUGCCUUGCUUCCCAGCAGUGGGCUGAGAGUGCAGCUCGUGGAGCCGCAGGACUGGUCCGACAUCAAAAGCAUGUGCACUCGGCUGCCACCAUCAGCUCUCAGCAAGAUGGUUGCUGCGUCGCUGCACUUUUACCACUGCCCCAAACCGAAGAUGCUCCUGCGACUCACGACCCUUCUGAAGCAGCAUCUGUCGUGA